AUGUCGACGGACAAAGCGGCAGACACGGCAAAGCCAAGCCCUGACGCCGGCGGCACUUCGAAUCCAAAACCCCCACGAGUGUACGCGUGCGUGCUGUGCCAAAAGCGCAAGAUCAAAUGCGACCGCGUCUUUCCAUGCUCGAACUGCACCCGCAGCAAGGCCAUAUGCGUCGCUUCCCGUCUCCUCCCCCGUCAGCGACGCCGCCGAUUUCCAGAGCGGGAACUGCUGGAGCGCAUCCGGCAUUACGAGGACCUGCUGCGCCAGCACCAUGUGAGAUUCGAGCCUCUCCAUCCGCCGGCGGGCGGCGUCGCAGUCUCAGACCAUGUCUCUCCUCCUCUCAACGUCAGCAGUCCGGAUGCCGGCCAGUCCGAGGCAUGGUCUGUGGUCUCCACCCUUGAACCUAAGAACUGUGACGCCGAAGACGACGACACUGGCGAUGAAGAGACGGACAGCGGCUUCCUGAAGGAUGGGGAUGAUCUGCGGGGGGCCGUCAUUACCAAGGCCUGGGAUCAUCUCAUGGCAGAGCGCGGCGACGAUUUAACAGCGAACGGUCAUCAUCUACUGUUCGGGUCCCCACCUAGCCAAAUCAAGGACGACCUGGCCGGCUCGCACCCGCCACAGGCCCAGAUCUUCCAGCUCUGGCAGAUUUACCUCGACAACGUGAACCCGCUAUUCAAAGUGACACACACGCCUACUUUGCAGACGCGCAUCGUUAACGCCAUCAGCGACCUCACGAGCGUCAGUGCCCCUUUGGAAGCCCUCAUGUUCAGCAUCUACAGCGUCUCCCUGCUGGCGAUCUCGGAGGAGCACUGUCGAGCCGUGUUUGGAUCGCCAAAAGAGGAGCUCAUGGCCCGCUAUCAGUUCGCAUGCCGCCAAGCCCUGGUCAACUGUCGCUUUCUGCACACCGGUGAUCAUGACUGUCUUGUUGCCCUGUAUCUUUACCUGGUAUCGAUGAAAUCAAAAGCCGACCCUCGAUCGGUAUCCUCAAUGAUGGCCAUUGCGAUCCGCACCGCGCAGCGAAUGGGCUAUCAUAGCGAGUCCAGCAAUGCGAAAUGCAAUCCGCUGGAGGCUGAGCUGCGCCGGAGGCUGUGGUGGUCGUUGGUCAUCUUCGACAAUCGCGUCUGCGAGGUCGUCGACUAUAAGCCGCCGACGUUGGCUCCUACUUGGGACUGCCGUCCCCCCAUGAACCUCAAUGACUUUGAGCUCCGCGCAGAGGCGAAGAGCCCGCCGCCGGUCUCUGAGAGGCCUAGCGAGGCCCUGUUUGCCGUCGUUCGCAGCGAGAUAAGCGACUUUAUCCGCCACAGCGCCUUCCACCUCGACUAUAUCGAUCCGCUAUUGACCACCCUUGCCGAAGCCAAGACUGCCGCAGGCCGGACAAGUCCGUCCGGGCGCCGCAACCUACCUGAUCUACAGCGAACGGUUGAAGAGAUGUUGAGGCGGUGCGACCCGCAGAACCCGCUUCAUUUCAUGACCAUGUGGAUGGCACGCGGCUUUCUGGCGAGGAUCCAGCUCCUGGAGUACCGCUGGCGGCGGGCGAGCUUGCCCGCGCCGCCGGGGCUGCCGGACCCCGCGCACGAUCCCGCCCUCGCGUAUGCGUGUACCAUGCUGGAUUGUGAUACGAAGCUCAUGACCUCUCCACUGAUCGAGGGCUUCGUCUGGCAUAUCGAGUCAUUUUACUUCCCCUUCGUCGCCUACGCUUAUAUCCUCCAGCGGUUGAAGAAGCAGCCGAACGACCAGGCCGACCGUGCCUGGGAGUCCAUGAGUGACAACUACGAGGCGCGCCGCAUGGACUCCGGGAAGCUUGACAAUCACUCCUUCAAGUUUGGCAACCACCCCUUCUUCGUCAUCUUCGCGCGAAUGGUCAUGGUGGCCUGGGAGGCGCGCGAGGCGAUGCUCAUGCAACAGGACAUCACACCUCAGGUGCCCCGGAUCGUGGCCAGGGUCAAAAGCAAGAUGGAGCAACGGGGGCUCGACUUUGCUUUGCAAAGCAAAAGUGCGGUCGCUCUUGUCAAUCUGGGCGAGUCCGCGAUGCCGAGGAGUGGACCCCUGAGUUUUGCCGGCACCGCACCGGGUGCAUCCCCCUUCGGAGCGCCAACAACGGCAGGUUUCGCUCCCUACCCGGAUAUCUUGUCCUUUGAUAUGGACAGCAAUUUCAUGUCAAACAUGACCUGGGGCAUGAUGCAGGGCCGGCUUUGGUCUUGA